CACACUGGGAACAUGUGGAUUACAACCAAGGCAGGCAUACUUGAGAGUUAUCGUUGUAUAGACUUGCGUGGAAUGAAUGUGCACCUUGUCAACUCUGUUCAUAACUGCGCCAUAAAUUGUUAAAGCAGGCAGUCAUAAUCCACAUUGGAGCAAACACAUCAAAAUCUCAUCAGACAUCACGACCUCAUCGACCCCAUCCAGUGCUACGAUUUGGCCUUUCGCCAACCACGCAGCAGCCAGAUAUACACUAACUCGGAUCAUCAAGUCAAUACCCGUUAUUUCAUCACCAGCCCGCGCAGCAAUCACAAAUUCGCCGCGCCUUCACCAUGACGUCCCAACCCCAUUCCCCUCAAAUCACGGCCAUCACGGAUCUGCCCGUCUCCCAAGCCAAAUGGGCUACCCUCAAGAAAAUUGACUACGUGGACCAAUCCGGUACAUCGCGCUCAUGGGAGAUGGCAGCGCGCAAGACACGCGGCAAGGCGGGCGUCGACGCCGUCGCCAUCGGCAACAUCAUCCUGCACCCCUCCAGACCGCCCUGCACCGUGCUGGUGAUCCAGUACCGCCCGCCUCUCGAUGCCUACACGGUUGAGUGGCCGGCUGGUCUCAUUGAUGCAGAUGAGACCCCCGAUCAGGCUGCAAUACGGGAGUUAAAGGAGGAAACGGGCUACGAGACGGCUAAGGUGCUCGACGUGAGCCCCACCGUGGCCGCAGACCCGGGGUUAACCAAUGCCAACAUGCAAUUGGUCAUGGUGGAGGUACACCUGAAGGAAGGAGAUGCCCCGCCAGAGCAGAGAUUGGACGAUGGAGAAAACAUUGAGAGGGUGGUGGUACCGCUCGCCGACAUGUAUGCCAAACUGAUUGAGUACUUGAAGAAGGAACGCUACGUGGUCGCUGCCAAGCUGUGGCAUUGGGCUGCAGGUUUGGAGUUUGCGAGAACGCAGAAGUACAUAUGAGGAGAUACAAAGAAUGCUACUGGAUA